AUGGCCGAGUCCGCCGGCUCGAUCAUGAACGGCAACGGCCACACCAACGGCAUGGCGAAUGGCAAGUCCCUAGCCGGCCGAAGAAGAGCUGUCAAGAAGAGACGAAGCUUCUUGGCUUGGACAUUCAAUGUCGUCGCAAGACUCGCAACAUGGGCUGCCAUCUUGACCGUCCUCUUCCGAUGCCCCUCGUCCCUUGAAGCCUGCGACGAGACCUCCCCCUCCAUCUGCAAACCCUAUUUCCAGAUCAAGGACGCCGUGUCGCCUCAUGUCCAACCUUACUACGACCACUAUGCGGCCCCCUAUGUCGAAGUCGCCCGACCGUACUACGAGACUGUUGAAAGCAAAGUCUGGCAGCCCGCUCGCGCAUAUGCGAUCCAAUAUGGAGCUCCCUGGGCCGAGAAGGUGCAGGAUUAUGUUUGGGCUCAGUGGGAGAAGAAUGGCCAGCCCCAGCUCGUCAAGUACCAGGGUCUUGCGCAGGCGCAAUAUGACCAAACCGUUGGCCCUUACGUCAAGCAGGCUGGAGAGGCCCUUGGCCCCUACUACGACAUUGCUCGCACCAACGGCCUACAAGUCUACUACGAAUAUUUGCGACCGGGUUAUGAGUUUGUGCAGCCAUAUGCUGUUCAGGGUUAUGACGCAGCCUCUGAAUUCACCGUCCGAACCGCCCUUCCCACGACCUACUGGGCUUGGAACAAGACUUAUGCCUUCCUUGACAGAAGCGUCUGGCCUCACAUUCGUGUUGUCUACGUUCAGAAUGUCGAACCUCAGCUGGUCCGUAUCGGUGAACGCCUGGGUCGCUACAAGACCAAGGUCAAGCCUGUCCACGACAACUACUCGACCAGCUAUGUCACAGAUACCACUACUUCGUCAUUCCAGAGGCCCUCUCCACAGAGCACAACUUCUGUCGAGACAUCCUCUGAGGUCCCGGUCGCUACGGAGAGCCCCGAGCCUGUGACCGAGUCCGUCACUCAAGAGUACAUCAACCCUGUGCAGGCACCUCCCCCCACCGAGAACGAGAGCGAGAAGCGACGAAAGGCUCGAGAAAUGGUGGCCCAUGAUCUGGAGACUUGGCAGACCAAGUUUGCUUCUCAAGCUGAUGAGGGCGCCAAUGACCUGGAAGAACGUGUCGACGAGAUUGCGAAGCGCAUGAUCGAGGAGAAUGUCCAGAUCACUGGCAGGCAGCUAUUUGACGACCUCGAGUCUACGAUUGCCUCGGAGCUUGAGGCUCUUCGGAUCAAGAUCUCGGCGUUGGCUGGAUCGGUCGAUGAGAACACUGACAAUGUAGAUGAGAAGAUUGUUGCUGCGGUACGAUCUGCCGGCAUGGCUAUUAAGAAGAAGGCCCAGGCCAUUCGACAAUGGCGCGAGGGCUAUGAGAAGGAGCUUCAGGAGACCGUCAUUACCGUUGCCGAUGUUCAUUUCCAGCUUCUGGACGAGACUAGAAACCUCGCCCUCCAGCAGAUUGGCAUGAGGUGGGCAUGGACUGAUGGCGUCACAUACAAGGACUGGGCCAAGUACCAUGAGCUCAAGAGCACCCUCAACGAAUGGACCGAGCAACUCAAGCAGCUGAUCGUCACGCACCCUAGCCUCCUCCAGGCGCAAGACGCCUCUGCACAGGUUGAGGAUGAGGGCAUGGAGAUCGCUUCCGUGGCUGCCAAGGAGCUUGCUCGACUCAAGGAGGUUGCCCGCUGGAAGGUUGUGGCCAGAGAUUCGUCGGAUGAUUUUGAUAGCGACGCGAUGAAGCUUGCUGCCGAGGAAGCCAUCGCGGCCAAGAAGGCCGAAGAGUCCAAGGACGCUGACGAGCAGACUCCUGCCGAAGAUGACGUUGUUUCCAGCCUCUCCGCUUCUGCUGAAGAGGCCACCUCUCAAGCCGAAGAUGCUGAGCAAGACCUGGAGGACUUUGUGUCGUCUAUUGCUGAGCCCGUCAAGGAGGAGGUUUCUUCGGUUGUUGACGAUGAACCGAAUGUUAUCGAAAAGGCCACCUCUGCUAUUUCCGAGUCGAUCGAGUCGGUAGUCAGCGAUGCUUCCAGCCUCGCUUUUGACGGACAGGAGAGCGCCAGCAGCAUUGCGGACGAGGUUUCCGAGACCGAAGAAGCCCUGGCCUCAUCAGCCUCCGAGUCUGCUAGCAGUGUGAUUGAAGAGGUCUCAAGCCAGCUUUCAGAGACGUUCGAGUCGGCCACAAAGGACGCAGAACCAGAAGACAGCAGUACGUCGACCCCCUUUGCUUCGGAAGCGUCUGAAGUGCUCAUGGGUGACACCCAUUCGAUAGUCAGCAACGGUAGUGAAGAUCCUCUCCCGGCCGACGACGAGCCCCUCGUCGAGAUCGAGGAGGACCCCCUAACGCAUCGCGACGAGACGCCGCUGUCCAACGAGCAGCAUGUCAAGCCAGCCUUCCUCGGCGCCGCGGCUCAGGAAGUCCCCCACCGACAAGUCGUCCUCGAGGAUUACGUGGAUACAGAUUAUAUUGCCAGUGCCACCGACGCAGCACAGGCAGCUUAUUCGACCGCUGUCUCUCGAGCAUCGGAGCAGUACUCAAGUGCUCUGUCUGUCGUGUCUGCACAGAUCUACGGUACUCCCAAGCCAGUCCACGAGCAGCUAUUCGCAUCCGUCUCCUCGGCAUACGACAAGGCUGUUUCAGCUGCUGGCGAUAAGCUCAACCAUGCUGUCGAGGCUGCCACAACGGCAACCCAACUCCCUGCCACGACCACUGUCCCUAACUGGGUUGACUGGGAACGCAUCGAGUCUAUCGCUUCUCAGAGACUCAACGAGGGCCGUCUGUGGGCUGAGAUCCAGUACCAGAGCGCACUCAUCGCUAUGGGUCUCGCCACGCCCACUCCGUCAUCGUCGAUGGAGAAGUAUUACGAGCAGGCCAAGUUGAACUACUUCGCUGGUCUUGGUAUUGCCCAGGACCGAUACGCUAGCUUUAUUGCUGGAGCUUCCUCUGCCCUCUCAUCUCUGACGGCCACUCCUACCCCUACCGACCUCGCUGGAUCUGCCUCAUCUGUUGCCUCUGUGGCUCGGGAGUCAGCAGCUUCUGCUGCCCAGGCUGCUGGUGAUGCGGCUGGAUCUGCCUAUUCGGCCGCCGGUGACACAAUCAAGUCGGCCGCCCAGGCUGUCGACGAUUCCGUGUCCUCUGUUGUGGAUGCUGCUGGCGAGCAGAUCUCUAGCGCAGGCCUGGCUAUUGCCGAGUCUUGGAACACAAUCGUUGAGCAGAUCAGCGGCCAGGUUUACGGAGAGCCUACUCAGAUUGCGUGGUAUGAGCACAUCUGGAGUGAUGCCAGCUCAUAUGCAGCCGCGGCUACCGAUGCCGCCGCCGACAAGGCGUCUAUUGCCUCGGAUGCAGCUGCAGCAUCUGCAGUGACUGCAUCAGCCGAGGCGGCUAAGCAAUACGAGUCUGUGAGCGAGCUUGUCUCUGAACUCAUCAGUGGCAAGGAGCCCUCGUUUACCGAGAGUGUGCUCUCCCGACUCCAGGCUGCUUACGCCACGGCGGCCGCCAGCGUCGAGAGCCUUGCUAGUGAGGCAAACGAGGCUGCGUCGUCUGUCGGCGAGAAGGUCGGAAGCGCUGCCAGCCAGGCUACCGAAGCCGUCAAGGAGUCAUUCCAGCACGCAAAGGACGAGUUGUAA